UUUAUUUGCAUAAAUCCCUCGCUCCGUUCGCUACGUCGGGAAGCGCUCGCUGAUUUCAUAGUAUACGGACGGGUAGUCGUUCGAGCUCGUCUGACACUGUCGGCUCUUCUUCGAAACCUUUUAUUGGCAUGCGGUUCGAGUUUAUCUGUUUUUUUUUUUCUUCCUUCCUACCCACCGUGGUUGUAGUGCUCAGUUUCCCAGCUCGCAGGACGAGUUAGCAGCGCUCACUAGCUGGUUUGUCUGUCUGACAGACUCACACUGUCAGUCAGUGAGUGAGUCAGUGAGUGAGUGAGUGAGCCGCCUGCCCGCAUACAUGGUGCGCUUGGGUACCGUUGCUGAGCUGUUCCCCGUCACAUUUUCUCGUCAUUCGACAUCGCCCGCUGUGGGAAAGUGCACUUGUGUGUAACAUCCGCCGCCCUAUCCAAGCGCUUUCUUCCUAACAAGACUGCCUGGAGGAGGAGAGCGGCGGACACAAGAUGGGCUGCACGCUGAGCGCCGAGGACAAGGCGGCCGUUGAGAGGAGCAAGAUGAUCGACCGCAACCUGCGCGAGGACGGCGAGAAGGCGUCGCGCGAGGUCAAGCUGCUGCUGCUCGGGGCUGGAGAGUCUGGCAAAAGCACCAUCGUGAAGCAGAUGAAAAUUAUCCAUGAGGAUGGCUACUCGGAAGAUGAGUGCAAGCAGUACAAGGUGGUAGUCUACAGCAACACCAUCCAGUCCAUCAUUGCCAUCAUUAGGGCCAUGGGGCGACUCAAAGUGGACUUCGGGGACCCUGCCCGAGCUGAUGACGCCCGUCAGCUUUUCGUGCUGGCCGGGACGGCAGAGGAGGGACUGAUGACAGCGGAGCUUGCAGGGGUCAUCAAGAGGCUGUGGACUGACCCAGGAGUGCAAAGCUGCUUCCUCCGCUCCAGAGAGUACCAGCUUAACGACUCGGCCUCCUACUACCUGAAUGACCUGGAUAGGAUAUCCCAGCCAAAUUACAUCCCCACCCAGCAAGAUGUGCUGCGUACCCGUGUGAAGACCACUGGGAUCGUGGAGACACACUUCACCUUCAAGGAGCUGUAUUUCAAGAUGUUUGAUGUGGGCGGGCAGCGCUCCGAGAGGAAGAAGUGGAUCCAUUGUUUCGAGGGGGUGACAGCUAUCAUCUUCUGCGUGGCACUCAGCGAUUAUGACCUCGUCCUGGCAGAGGAUGAGGAGAUGAACCGUAUGCAUGAGAGCAUGAAGCUGUUUGAUAGCAUCUGCAACAACAAGUGGUUCACAGAGACCUCAAUCAUCCUUUUCCUCAACAAGAAAGACCUGUUUGUGGAGAAGAUCAAGACCAGCCCCCUGACCAUCUGCUAUCCAGAGUAUGCUGGUUCGAACACGUAUGAGGAGGCAGCCGCCUACAUCCAGUGUCAGUUCGAGGACCUGAACCGAAGGAAGGACACCAAGGAGAUCUACACCCACUUCACGUGUGCCACGGACACCAAGAACGUGCAGUUUGUUUUCGAUGCCGUCACCGACGUCAUCAUCAAGAACAACCUGAAGGAAUGUGGGUUGUACUGAAGCCUUUCAGCCCACACAGACACAGGCGGCGCUGGACUGGACGUCGCCCAUGAUGGUUGCCCCCAGCCAGGAUGCAAGCACCCAAUGGAGAGAAAGCCACCACAUCUCGUGUCCAACCCCACUUUCCAGUGCCAAAUUUUUCUUAUUAGAUUUCAACCCUAUGAAUUUUUUUGAGGUACAAUGCCUCCAGUGGGUGUUGAAAGGGACCAAACAGUGUAAAUAAAAUUGGAGUCUAAAAACCUUGGAGUCAGUGGAAGUUGUACCAUGUCAGUGAAGUUAUUAUAAUCGACAGCGCUAUGAGUUUGUGUUUCUGCGAGACCAAAGUGCCAUAAGUUUGUUGGGUCACUCAUUUUUCUACAGGAGGACCACAGCGCAUUUCAUACGCAGCCUUUUCUUCUCUUCACUUUGAGUUCAGCUGCUUGGAAGAAUCUCCUUACAAACAACACUAUGCACCUUCCUGUGACCAAACAUCAUGGUACUUUUACGCAAGUCUCACGAGUUACUCAACAGUUUUCUUUUUUUGUAAACUUUCUUUUUAUUCUCAGUCAUUUUAUGAAGCCCAUGUCUAAUUCCAGUCCUCUCAGUGGGUUUUAGGUGUCCCUGUGGUAACCUUAAAAUCCUCUGCCUUUCUGUAAAUAUUGUAGUUUUUUUCAGUUAUUCCAUUUGGCUUUCAUAUUGAAUUUAGGUUGACGUGUCUUAGCUUUUUUUUUUUUUUUCUUCCCCCUCUUGAUAAUAAUCUUAGUUUUUGAGAGCAGCGUGCCGCAUGUAAAAAUAACGCGAGCCAGGAGCUGGGCAGGAGCAGCCUUGGUUCUGUGACUCAUGCAGGCGCAGCAUGUGGAAUUCCUUCACCUUCGAAACCGAGCACUCCUACUGCGUCUUGAAAGAAGCAAAACAUCUGGGAACAGCUGCAGCCUGGGACUCCACUUGUUUUACAUCACAAAGAGGGGCACGUUUGUAUCUGGACCUCGUCCUCUCCUUACAAGGUGAUGUUACCGUGAAGUGAGAUCUGUCUUGACUGCUUCUGGUUCCAUUUGUGUGAUGAAAUUUUAAUCCUGAAUAUGCCUGCAUGAAUUUGACAUGGGAUUGGCCUUCAUUGCUUGCUGUUUUACUCUGUUUUAACUCCAAAAGGAGACUUAAAAAAAAAAAAAAACCCUGUGGUAUGGUGAGGAGAAUCGGAUUUGCUGGGUGCAGCUCUGUCUUGGCACGAGGUGUGUCUCUGUUCCCACUGCAUGACCGUGCUCUUGGGGACGACCGCUGCCGUCUCCCGUGUGUGUCUUCACCACAGAACGCUUUUACCUCUUUGUCCCGACACUGUCCAACUGUGAUCUUCACCUGCUCUGUCUUUCUACAUUCAGAUGUAUGUUUUUUUCACACAUGGCCCUUGUAGGAAAUGUUUCUGCUUUUUAUAUGGAAAAAAUAAAUGUUUCCUGUUUAUUUUUG